AAAAGAGAGAAGAAAAAAUCUGCAAUAAUUGUGUGGUGUACGAGUGCGCUAAAUAUUAUUCGUUGUUUACCUACAAAAUAGUUAUUAAAAAAAAAAAAACUAAAUGUUAUUCUUUAAUUGUUACAGUAUCAAAAAAUAGAUUUUUAAAUUUUAGUCGCGUUGAGAAACCAGAAUCGCGUGGCAAUAUCCCAACCCUUUAUUAGUAAUCGGAUAAAAACUAUAUACAUUUGGUAAUCAAUGGCCACAAUCGAUGGAAGACCUGCACAAUAUGGUAUAUCACUUAAGCAACUGCGUGAGCUCAUGGAGCAUCGUGGCAGGGAAGGGGUCACGAAAAUAACUGAAGCUGGUGGUAUUCAUGAGUUAUGUAAAAAGUUGUACACAUCGCCGAAUGAAGGCUUAAGUGGGUCUAAGGCUGAUGAGGAGCACAGACGUGAAACAUUUGGCUCAAAUGUUAUACCACCGAAGCCUCCGAAAACUUUUCUUACGCUUGUAUGGGAGGCUCUUCAAGAUGUUACACUCAUUAUCUUAGAGGUAGCUGCGUUAGUAUCACUUGGUCUUUCCUUUUACAAACCCGCCGAUGAGGAUGCGCCUGUUCUUCAAGACGAGGAGGAGCAUCAUGGAUGGAUUGAGGGUUUGGCUAUACUCAUUUCGGUCAUUGUUGUCGUAAUAGUUACUGCCUUUAACGAUUACUCAAAAGAGCGACAAUUUCGUGGCCUGCAAAGCCGUAUUGAAGGAGAGCACAAGUUCUCUGUUAUUCGUAACGGUAAUGUAUGUCAAAUAUCUGUUGGCGAUAUACUGGUCGGCGAUAUUGCUCAGGUCAAGUAUGGUGAUUUAUUGCCCGCUGAUGGUUGCCUUAUUCAGAGUAACGAUCUUAAGGUUGACGAAUCAUCGCUUACUGGAGAAUCCGACCAUGUUAAAAAGGGCACAGAUUGCGAUCCCAUGGUUUUAUCCGGCACUCAUAUUAUGGAGGGUAGUGGUAAAAUGGUUGUUACUGCUGUUGGUGUUAAUUCACAGGCCGGUAUCAUUUUUACUUUACUUGGGGCCGCCGUUGACGAGCAAGAAGCUGAAAUUAAGAAAAUGAAAAAGGAAGCAAAAAAAGCGAGCAAGCAAAAGAGCAAGAGCCUGACAGGUGAGAACGAUGGCCGCACUCCAAUGAAGGCACCAGCACAAGCACAGCAACGAGGUGAUGGAGGUGAAAAUAUCAAGUCAGAAUCCGAUGGAAAUCAUGUGCAGCAAUCAUCAACGUCAGCUGCUGAGACUAGUCACAAAAAGGAAAAAUCUGUGCUGCAGGCCAAGCUGACAAAACUAGCGAUACAAAUUGGUUACGCUGGUUCUACCAUUGCCGUACUCACUGUAAUAAUAUUGAUUAUACAAUUUUGCAUCAAAACAUUUGUGAUUGAUGCGAAACCCUGGAAAAAUACAUAUGCAAAUAAUCUGGUCAAGCAUUUGAUUAUCGGUGUCACUGUGCUAGUAGUAGCAGUACCAGAAGGCCUACCUUUGGCCGUUACACUUUCUCUAGCUUACUCAGUGAAGAAAAUGAUGAAGGAUAAUAAUUUGGUACGACACUUGGAUGCAUGCGAAACAAUGGGUAAUGCCACUGCAAUUUGCUCCGAUAAGACCGGCACACUUACGACCAAUCGCAUGACCGUUGUACAAUCCUACAUUUGUGAGAAAUUAUGUAAGGUGCUACCAACGCUGAACGAUAUUCCGCAACAAGUAGGCAAUCUAAUCACCAUGGGCAUAUCUGUGAAUUCAGCUUAUACGUCAAAUAUUAUGCCUGGGCAGAAUCCCGGGGAUCUGCCAAUUCAAGUGGGCAACAAAACUGAGUGCUCACUACUUGGCUUUGUACAGGGAUUAGGCGUUAAGUAUCAGUCAAUUCGUGACGAAAUUCCUGAGGAUAAGUUUACUCGCGUUUACACAUUCAAUUCUGUCCGAAAAAGCAUGGGGACUGUAAUACCAAGACCCAAUGGCGGCUAUAGAUUGUACACUAAAGGAGCAUCAGAAAUUAUUAUGAAAAAAUGUGCUUUUAUUUACGGACACGAGGGCACAUUAGAGAAAUUCACACGUGACAUGCAAGAACGUCUCAUACGGGAAGUCAUUGAGCCAAUGGCCUGCGAUGGUUUACGUACAAUUUCAGUAGCCUAUCGUGAUUUUGUUCCGGGUAAAGCUGCUAUUAAUGAGGUGCAUAUUGAUGGCGAGCCCAAUUGGGAUGAUGAGGAGAAUAUUAUGACAAAUUUGACUUGCCUUUGCGUUGUCGGAAUUGAAGAUCCCGUACGUCCUGAGGUGCCUGACGCCAUACGCAAGUGUCAACGUGCAGGCAUAACAGUAAGAAUGGUUACUGGCGACAAUAUAAAUACAGCUAGAUCUAUUGCUAGCAAAUGCGGAAUUCUUCGACCUAACGACGAUUUUCUUAUACUCGAGGGUAAAGAGUUUAAUCGACGCAUUAGAGACAGUAAUGGUGACAUUCAACAACAUUUACUUGACAAAGUUUGGCCAAAGCUGCGUGUGCUAGCUCGCUCCUCCCCCACUGAUAAGUAUACUUUAGUUAAAGGUAUGAUUGAUAGUACAGUAACCGAUAAUCGAGAAGUUGUUGCCGUUACGGGAGAUGGCACGAACGAUGGUCCAGCUCUUAAAAAAGCCGAUGUUGGUUUUGCAAUGGGCAUUGCUGGAACUGAUGUCGCCAAGGAAGCCUCUGAUAUCAUAUUAACCGACGAUAAUUUUAGCAGCAUUGUCAAAGCCGUUAUGUGGGGUCGCAAUGUUUACGAUUCAAUUGCAAAGUUCUUACAGUUUCAGUUAACCGUGAACGUGGUUGCCGUUAUUGUGGCAUUUAUUGGAGCUUGUGCUGUGCAGGAUUCACCCCUAAAAGCGGUGCAAAUGUUAUGGGUUAAUCUAAUUAUGGACACAUUGGCCUCACUUGCUUUGGCUACAGAAGUGCCAACUCCUGAUCUAUUGUUGCGUAAGCCCUAUGGUCGCACAAAGCCGCUGAUAUCGCGCACAAUGAUGAAAAAUAUUUUGGGCCAAGCCCUGUAUCAGUUAGUUAUAAUCUUCGGACUACUAUUUGUCGGUGAUUUGAUACUUGAUAUCGAAUCUGGACGGGGUCAAGAGCUUAAUGCUGGACCAACCCAACAUUUCACAAUUAUAUUCAAUACAUUUGUGAUGAUGACUCUUUUCAAUGAGAUUAAUGCAAGAAAGAUCCAUGGACAGCGCAACGUAGUCGAGGGACUGUUUACCAACCCUAUAUUUUACACUAUUUGGAUAUUCACAAUGAUUUCACAGGUUGUUAUUAUACAAUAUGGUAAAAUGGCUUUCUCAACCAAAGCUCUCAGUCUUGACCAAUGGCUGUGGUGCAUAUUCUUUGGAAUUGGUACACUUGUCUGGGGACAACUUAUAACUUCAGUGCCUACAAGAAAAUUACCUAAAAUAUUAUCAUGGGGACGUGGUCAUCCUGAGGAGUAUACGGAUGCAAUGAAUCUGGGCGAAGAACGGUUCGACUCAAUUGACUCUGAUAAAAAACCUAGAGCCGGACAAAUACUAUGGAUUCGCGGCCUAACACGCCUGCAAACUCAAAUUUCCGUACCGGUAAUAGGCGGCGAGUUACAAGAACGCUUGAUACCGGUACCGUAUAGCAAGAGCAACACUGAUCAAGCUAUUCGUGUGGUGAACGCCUUCCGACAAGGUCUCGACGCCCGUUACGGGGAGCACACCAACACUUCGCUAGCUGAGGUGCUGCGCAAGCAGACUUCACUGAGCAAACGCCUUUCGGAGACUUCUUCCAUUGAAUAUGCUGAUAAUAUUCCUGAUGAGCUGGCAGUACCCGAAAUUGAUGUCGAACGGCUAUCAUCUCACAGUCACACCGAAACUGCAGUCUAAGCUGAAAGUAAACGCUCUAGUUUCCCCAGAUCCCGUUCCCGGCUCAGACAAGCAUUACAUAGAUACUUGCUGCAUAAAUACUACAUUGAAAUCUUUGCCUAUACACAGUGAAUGCAUAUAUCCUUAUAUAAUAAAACAAAACGUAUAUGCGAUACAUACACACAUUCAUUUAAAAUUAAAAUAGAGCCUCAUAUUUACUUUUUUCAAUACAUUUAAAUAGAGUCGAAACUUUUUCCGAGUGUGCGUGCAAUCUGUUUUCUUAUUUUUGAGAACAAUAUGUAAAAUUAAAAAUACAAUCACUAUUACAUACAUACAUAUUACCUACUACAAAAAUAGGAACAUACGACUAUAUGCUUCAAAGUAUCGUUUCAGUUAUGCGAAAACCCUUUACUUAAUUUUAUUAGUUCUUAAUUAACAAUGAAAUAAGUUUUUAUUGAUUAAUUUUCAAUCAAAGAAACUACACAAAGAAUUUGAAAAAUGCGGUUAAAUUUUUCAUACACAAACACUUUUAUUGUCAAAAUUUAGUAAUAUUUUUUGGUCACAGUGGUUCGUUAAUAGAAUCAAUAGUUUUAUUGCAAUGCGUUAUUUAAACCAAAGAUUACUUUUUGAGCUUCGACAGUCCUGUGACUGUAAUGCGUUCAAGUGGAAAAGUCAAAAAUAAAAACAUUAAUUAAUGCAUUGGCUAUUAUUACAGUUAAUAAACAAUUACUACAUACAUGUGCACAAUUAAUUACAAAAGAAAUAAAUAAAAAUACGCAAAUCAUAUUAUCACUGUCCUUCCUUUAAGUUCCAUCACACAUGUGAUUACACAUUAACUCGUCGUACGCUGGAACCGGCUACUUGUUUAUACUCAGUCAUUAAAAAUAUUACAUGUUUACAUUCAAUAAAAGAAGAUGAAUAAAGAUCAUUAAUGAAAAA